UUUGUAAAUUCUCACAAUGAGACAACAGUUGACGAGCACAGCUACUGCAAAGGUGAACAUCGAAAUGGAUCCAUCGCGGAUGCUACAGUUUUCCCGUAUGCAUUCCGGUUUGCCAGUUUUUGCAAAAGAAUCAUUAAGAAAUUCGAAAAGUAUGCACAUAUUUGCAAUGCUUACAGAUUUUCAGAUUCCAGCAUAAAAUUUUAUCCCGGAGGAUGGCUGGCUAUUGUUGCCGGAAAUGAACUUUUCAUAUGGAAAUACAUAUCGGCCGCACAGAAUGGCGUGAAUUGUCGUGUCCUGGCAAAUCGCCCGUUCACGGUCCCCGGGGGAGAGAAUACUAGUCUCCUAUCGGGAUUAAGUCGUCGUGUGUCCAACCUGUUCAGUAUUGUGGCAUCCUCCGGCGGAUUGGGGUCGCGGCUUUUGCCCACCCGUGGAGAAAACACAUUACAAGGCCAAUAUGCGAUUGAGUCCUUUCUACCGACAAAUAAAUGUGACACUGCAUUGUGGCGUGCGGUUGACAUGGCCAUCCGUUGGGGUUCUGAAGUCUCAUCGGACUCAUCUCUCGUGUACUUGCUAGCCAAACCGCAUGGUGAUUGUCAAACAACCUGCCUCAUUUCACUGACCGUGGAUGGCACAGAACUGUACACAUUCCAAGCUAUACGCCAUUCAGCAGUGAUCAUCGAAUGGCCUUUCAAAACAUUUGAUCAUGAUUCUCGUCCGAAUGCUGGUGGAGGGGACAAAUCGUGGGAACUGUGCUUACCCGCUUUAUCGGAAUGGGAACGCACAGGUCGUGGUGCACCCGCGUACCCGUGCCUGUUGGCCUCGGUCUGUCGUGCAUCUCUCGGUCAGGUUGUUCUCGUCGAAGAAACUGUUCUAUUGCUGCUCGGUUUUUCGGUUUACUACAUACGUACAGCACUUAGUUACACCGUUUUGACUGGAAACUUGGUCGCAAAGCUGGAUUUCGGUUGUUCUUCGUCCGGGGAUGGUGGCAUGGUUUCCGCUCUUCUCGGUUGUGGUAGUGUCGACUCUCAAAAUCUUUUCGUUUACGCCACCAGUCACCGGGGUCUGUUUGCAUUGAUUCCGUCGGAUGAAACAUUUGACACAUCUAUCGCACGGGAGGAUGACGAGAGAAGUAUUGAAAGUUCAACUGGUGGAGGAUCUAAAUCACACUGGACCGCAGCUAGUCAAGAUACUAGUCAUCCAGGUCCCUCAAAACCCAAUCAAGAUCGUGGUCCACUAAUCCUUGUUCGAACACAGUCCCAGACGCGCUUGGUCACUGUUCGGCUGAAUGCGGAUCGACUCAUCGUUUGUGACGCGAGUGUGGAUGACUUACCUAUGGUCAAGCUUUCCGCACCAGAUUUAACCUUCGUUACGCUUUGCGAAGUGGCUCGUAUCUUUUGGAUGGGUUUUGAGGUAAGAUUUACGACCGAUUGCAUUCCGUUUCUCUGA